GUGGGUGUCUCGGUGGGCUUGGGGAGCACUUCCUUUCCCAGUGCCCCUUGAAAGACACACAGUCGAUGUAGAAGACAUUGGAAGAGACCAUGGCUGUCACUCUGGAAUCCCAGACCCAGACUUCUCUUUCGUCAGAGCCUCAAGAACUCCUGAUUGUGAAGUUGGAAGACUCUUGGAGCUCUGAAAGCCGACCCUGGGAGAAGGACCCUGUCCCUGGCCCUGAGGCUUCUCGACAGCGCUUCAGACAGUUCCAGUACAGGGAUGCAGCUGGGCCCCAUGAGGCUUUUAGCCAGCUCUGGGCACUCUGCUGUCAUUGGCUGAGACCAGAGAUUCGCCUCAAAGAGCAGAUCCUGGAGCUGUUGGUGCUGGAGCAGUUCCUGACCAUCUUACCCCAGGAUGCCCAGGCCUGGGUGCAAGCACACCACCCUGAGAGUGGUGAGGAGGCUGUGGCACUGGUAGAGGAUUGGCACCGAGAGAGCCAGGCUUCAGAACCCCGGGAACUAGAAUCGUACACAGAAGAAACCAGGCUCUUAAAGUCAGUGGAGGAAUCUCAGAAUCUCCAGCUAAAAUCAGCAAAUCACACUUCUGAGGAGCAAUCUCAGAAGCAAUGUGUGAAGAAUCAAUGCUCUGACCUUCCCAAGCAUAUAGAUGCCAAGUUGUCGUCACAGUCCUUGAAGGAGAGCUCCAUCUUCAUGCCCCAAGUUCCUACUCUCCCAAAGAUGGGGAUCAUCGGAGACUGGGAGGUGACUGCUGAGUCUCAGGAAGCCCUGGGCAUUGGCAAACAUACUGCGAAGGAGUGUCACAAAGAUCCGCCCGGAGACAACUGCAGGAAUGGUGUGUUCCUGGGAGUUCCAGUUUCAGAACCAUCUGUUUCUCAGCAAGAGCAAGGAUCAGAACUUUGGGGUCUAGGCCUUAUGAAUUCUGGAAGAAAAACCACUGCAGAUUUUAACCUAGAUAGUGAACAAACCAAAACGUCUCAGAUGACAUUGGCAUGGAGGGAUUCCAGGGCCUGGGAAGAACAGUGUCAAUGGGACACAGAAGACAUGAAGGUGUCAGGUGUACACUGGGGCUAUGAAGAGACAAAAACAUUUUUGGCAAUUUUGAGUGAGUCCCCAUUUUCUGAAAAACUCCGAACCUGUCACCAGAACCGCCAGGUGUACCGGGCCAUUGCUGAGAGGCUGAGGUCCCGGGGCUUCCUGCGGACCCUGGACCAGUGUCGUUAUAGGGUCAAAAAUCUUCUAAGGAAUUACCGUAAAGCCAAGAGCAGCCAUCCACCAGGGACGUGCCCCUUCUAUGAGGAGCUAGAGGCCUUGGUGAGGGCUCGGACGGCCAUGAGAGUCACCGAUGGUCCAGAAGAGUCUUUGGCAUUCCCCAGACUGGGGGAUAGUGAUGCAGAGAUGGAUGAGUCUGAAGAAGGGGGCUGGGAUCCUGAAGAAACAGCAGAAGACUGUAAUGGUGAUGUCCUAGCCACUAAUGAGACCAUUCAGGGGCCCAGGGUUCCAGGAGUCCCAGCUUUGUUCCACAGUCGUAUUGCAGGUGUGCACUGGGGCUAUGAGGAGACCAAGACCUUCCUGACCAUUCUCAGCGAGUCCCCAUUUUCUGAAAAGCUUCGCACUUGUCACCAAAACAGCCAGGUGUACCGGGCCAUUGCGGAACGACUCUGUGCACAGGGCUUCCUGCGGACACUGGAGCAAUGUCGCUACAGAUUCAAAAACCUUCUGAGGAACUACCGGAAAGCCAAGAGCACCCAUCCACCAGGGACAUGCCCCUUCUUUGAGGAGAUGGAUUCACUGAUGAGGGCACGGACAGCUAUCAGAGCCAUGGGCUCCUUCAGGAAUCCAGUGGAUCUCCAGCGAUCUGGGAAGAACAAUACUAAGAUUAGCCCCCAGGAGACCUGGGUUGAGAUGGCAGAUGAAGAUGCCAUGAAAUCUCCAACUCCAUGUCCCACAACUCCAGAGACAGGUUUUGAGAUGAGGUAUGAAGAUGAAGACCACAUUUCAGAGCAGGACAUUUUUGACGAUUUGCCUGCGCCCUUAUCAAAAUGUACCACAGAGAAUGUUUACCACCCUCAUAUUUGGAGAGAUGACAGUGAAAAUGAAGGUGAAGGGCAAUGGGAAAAUUCCUCACAGAAACAGUGGGAAGAAUGUUCUUCUGAAGAAGAUUUGGAAAAGCUUAUUGAUAACCAAGGCCUAUACCUAGCAGAGAAGCCCUACAAGUGUUACACCUGUGUGAAAAGCUUCAGUCGGAGUUCCCACUUUAUGGCCCACCAGCGAAUACACACAGGUGAGAAGCCCUUCAAAUGCCUUGAGUGUGGGAAAAGCUUUAGUGACCGCUCCAACCUCAACACCCAUCAGAGAAUUCAUACUGGAGAGAAGCCCUACAAAUGCCUUGAAUGUGGGAAAAGCUUUAGUGACCACUCUAAUCUUGUGACUCACCAGAGAAUCCACACUGGGGAAAAGCCCUAUCAAUGUGGGGAAUGUUGGAAAAGCUUCAAUCAGAGCUCAAACCUUCUGAAACAUCAGAGAAUCCACUCAGGAGGAAAUCUUGGCCAAUUCAGAGAGGUUGGGGAGAACUUGGGCCAAAGCCCAUCCUUCAGUGCUUCGUGGAGGAACUUGGCAGAGGAUCCAACUCCUGAACAACUUCAGAGUGCCAGUAAGAACUUGAAUUCUUCUGGAUUACUCAGCACCAACUCAGGGGAGAAACUCUAUAAGUGUUCUGAAUGUGGAAGAAUCUUCUCUAAGAGUUCUGCUCUCAUUAGUCACCAAAGAAUUCACACAGGCGAGAAACCAUAUGAAUGUACUGAAUGUGGGAAAAGCUUCAGUAAGAGCUCGACACUGGCCAAUCAUCAGCGAACGCAUACUGGGGAGAAACCAUAUAAGUGUGCAGACUGUGGGAAAUGCUUUAGUGAGCGCUCUAAACUUAUCACCCACCAGCGAGUACACACAGGAGAGAAGCCCUACAAAUGCCUUGAGUGUGGAAAAUUCUUCCGUGACCGUUCUAACCUCAUCACUCACCAGAGAAUUCACACAGGAGAGAAGCCUUACAAGUGCAGAGAGUGUGGGAAAUGCUUUAAUCAGAGCUCUAGUCUUAUAAUUCACCAGAGAAUCCAUACAGGAGAGAAACCCUACAAGUGCACGGAGUGUGGUAAAGACUUCAAUAACAGUUCCCACUUCAGUGCCCACCGGAGAACCCAUGUAGGAGGAAAAGCAUCUUAGAAGAUGCAUCUGUCCACAGCAGUAGUGAAAUGUUGAACUGAUUCUCCAAGAUCAGAAGAUUGCUAGAUAAAACUUUUCUAGUUUUUAAGUUUAGUGUAUACCCAGGGAACUUAUUUUGAUAUAAUCCAGGUAAUUUGGAGGUGAAUUACAGAUGCUAAGGAUCCAGAUUUGAAAGCACUUUUUCUUAAGUUAAUUUGGUUUUCUUCUGUAACUGCCUAUCCCCUUACUCUCCUCCCCUCUGUAGCUUAAGAGAUCAGAGGUAAAUCAGUGAUCCUGAGCAGUGAUUCCACACCUAACUGUGCCUUUACAUUUUCCACUUGUAUACAUGCCCCAUUAGUUUGCAUUGGUACCUGUCAACAAAUUUUACAUUUGGCAG